ACCCAAGGAAGAAGUAACUGUCAAGAAGGAGAAACGUGAAAGGGAUAGAGACCGACAGCGAGAGGGGCAUGGGCGGGGCCGGGGCCGCCCAGAAGUGAUCCAGUCCCACUCCAUCUUUGAGCAGGGCCCAGCUGAAAUGAUGAAGAAAAAAGGGAGCUGGGAUAAGACAGUGGAUAUGUCAGACGUGGGACCCUCUCACAUCAUCAACAUCAAAAAAGAGAAGAGGGAGACAGAUGAAGAAACAAAACAGAUCCUGCGUAUGCUGGAGAAGGAUGAUUUCAUCGAUGAUCCUGGGCUGAGGAAUGACAUUCGAAACAUGCCUGUGCAGCUGCCGCUGGCUCACUCGGGGUGGCUUUUUAAGGAAGAGAAUGAAGAACCAGAUGUUAAGCCUUGGCUGGCUGGUCCCAAGGAAGAAGACAUGGAGGUUGAUGUCCCUGCUGUGAAAGUGAAAGAGGAACCACGAGAUGAGGAGGAGGAGGCCAAGAUGAAGGCGGUUCCAACCAAAGCAGCCAGGAAGACCCCGGCCCUCCCGAAGGACAUGUCUGUGGCAGAGCUGCUCAGGGAGCUGAGCCUCACCAAGGAGGAAGAACUUUUCUUCCUCCAGCUGCCGGACACCCUCCCUGGCCAGCCGCCCACUCAGGAUAUCAAGCCCAUCAAGACAGAGGUGCAGGGAGAGGAUGGACAGAUGGUGGUUAUAAAGCAGGAGAAAGACCGGGAAGCCAGACUGGCAGAGAAUGUUUGCACCCUGGCUGACCUGACGGAGGGUCAGGUUGGCAAGCUGCUCAUCCGCAAGUCAGGAAGGGUGCAGCUCCUCCUGGGCAAGGUGACUCUGGAUGUGACCAUGGGAACUGCCUGCUCUUUCCUGCAGGAGCUGGUGUCCGUGGGCCUUGGAGACAGUAGGACAGGGGAGAUGACAGUCCUAGGACAUGUGAAGCACAAGCUCGUAUGUUCCCCCAAUUUUGAAUCCCUCUUGGAUCACAAACACCGGUAAAAUGAGCAGAUGGAGGAGGAUGGUGACUGUGCCCAUGGCUGCUGCCUGCUCUGGAUAUUCUCGAUUCUGUGCGACCCAGAAGGGGCCUGCUUAGCCCACUCACUCCAGCCUUUGGCAGCCGUUGUCCCAGUUCCCCCGCCACCAGGACCCAUGCAGCUGCCUCCCACAGCAGCUGUGAAUGGUACAAUGACCUUCCCACAGCAUGGAUGUGGCAUCAUCGCUGCUGGAGACUUGUCCCUUUUAUUUAUUUUUAUAUUUAUGUCUUAAUCUCUUCAACUGCCUGUAUCCUCCCAAGGUGGGGAGGGAGGGUCUGUGGGGAAGCACAGGCCCCUUCUCCUGGUGACCCUCGUCCAUGGUGGCCAGAAGUUAAGGGCUGCUGCUUUUGCUUGUGCCUCCUUCUUCCUCCUGGGGCA